AACAAACUUGUCACGUGGCAGGAUCAAACGGGGAUCCGUUAAUGAUUUGGAUUGGGAGAACCGUAGGGUCGUCUUCGCACGGAAAGCCGAGAGAAGCCCGGAGGAACCUCGGACUUUUCGUACCUUGUUUUUAAAAGUCAUUGAAUCGCCGACGUCUCCCUCACCAUUUUAUCCAAAUCCAACUACCAGACGGAGGGAAUUCUGCCCUCCAAGAUGGAAGAAUCCAUGCAAGAGACGACGUUUCAGAGAAAUCCUAUUCCCCCUUAUAUUGAGAUUUCUUCUACUGGAGUUUGAUUAGGCUAUUGCCGUAUAGGAAAGUGGUUUUGGGGAAGAUUUUGGUGGGGAGUGAGUUAAUCGUCAAUUUUUGUUGAGAUUUCUGCUACUGGAAUUUGAUACAAGGAGGUGCUUUUUGGGGAGGGUGAGUUGAUCGUGAAGGCAGCGAUGGGAAUGAUUUUAAAUGGAGACGAUGACUUGGUUCCUCCCUCGAAUUUCGCCAUGGUUGAAAGAGGGAUUUACAGAUCUGGUUUUCCGACUCAGUCCAAUUUCGGUUUUCUCGAAACCCUAAAUCUUCGAUCCAUCAUAUAUUUGUGUCCUGAACCGUAUCCAGAAUCAAAUUCUGAGUUUCUCCGAUCUCAUGGUAUCAAGCUUUUCCAGUUUGCCAUAGACGGGAACAAGGAGCCUUUUGAGUCUAUUCCCCAGGAUGUCAUCAUGGAGGCUCUGAGAGUCUUACUUGAUAUCAGAAAUCAUCCAGUUCUAAUUCAUUGCAAACGUGGAAAGCAUCGGACAGGUUGCCUUGUCGGUUGCCUAAGGAAAUUGCAGAAUUGGUGCUUGUCUUCUGUUUUCGAGGAGUACCAACUCUUUGCUGGUGCCAAAGCCAGGGUUUCUGAUUUAAGGUUCAUUGAGAUGUUUGAUGUUUCAUGCCUGAGGCAAUGUCUUUAUGGCAUCAUCUACUGCUAUAGGUCGCACAAUAGGCGUCUGGUUUACAAGGAAGAGAACUUAAAGAAGCCACAGAUAGCUUCCAACUAGCAGGAAGUGGAAUUCUUGAUACUUUUAUUUUGCCUUUCUCCAAGAUCUUUUCUCUGUGUUUUCGUCUAAGAGCCAGAUCCGAUGUUCCCAUUGGACCUCAUCACAUUUCCCAUUUUUACCCCAUUCUUUUUUUACACCAAGUCAUUUUCUUGCAGAGUUUCCUCCUAUACACUAUCUAGAAUUACUUCACAGAAUCCAUGUAAAUGGUUGCUAAAAUUCUAAGGAUGCUUUCUUUGUGUUUGUGUUGUUAUGAUCAACUUUACUGGCUGCUGUUCUUUAUGUAGCAGCUCUAUAUUCAGAAUAUUUCUGUUACAGAGGCUCAUUUUUCUGUUUUAGUCUCUGGAAUGCAGGGAAGAAGCAAUUUAAGUACGUUAUAUAUGGACAUGCUUCAGUCUU